AUGUCCCACCGGAAGUUUGAGCGACCUCGCCACGGCUCCCUGGGUUUCCUGCCCAGGAAGCGAUGCAAGCGCCAUAGAGGAAAAGUAAAGGCCUUCCCUAAGGAUGACCCGUCCAAGCCCCCCCACCUCACAGCCUUCAUGGGCUACAAGGCUGGCAUGACCCACGUCGUUCGCGAGCUCGACAAACCCGGCUCGAAGCUCCACAAGAAGGAGAUCGUCGAGGCUGUGACCGUCGUGGACACGCCGCCCAUGGUCUGCGUGGGUGUCGUUGGCUACAUCGAGACGCCGCGCGGCCUGCGUGCGCUCGUCACAGUCUGGGCGGGUCAUUUGUCAGAUGAGUGCAAACGUCGCUUUUACAAGAACUGGUACAAGAGCAAGAGAAAGGCGUUCACCAAGUACGCCAAGCGCUACGGAGACAACAACAAGAUGGAGGCAGAGCUGACCCGCAUGAAGAACUACUGCUCCGUUAUCCGCGCCAUCUGCCACACCCAGCCGUCCAAGACCCCCAUUGGAUCCAAGAAGGCUCACGUCAUGGAGAUCCAAGUCAACGGAGGUUCCGUCGCCGAAAAAGUUGAUUUCUGCACGAAGAUGUUCGAGACAGCUGUGCCCGUUAAGGCCGUCUUCACUGAGGGCGAGAUGCUCGACGUCAUCGGUGUCACCAAGGGUCACGGAGUCAAGGGUGUGGUGUCGCGUUGGGGAGUGACGCGUCUGCCGCGCAAGACCCAUCGUGGACUGCGCAAGAUCGCGUGUAUUGGAGCCUGGCAUCCGGCGCGUGUCCAAUUCCAAGUGCCUCGCCACGGUCAGAAGGGUUACUUCCACCGCACAGAAAUGAACAAGAAGGUGUACCGUGUCGGCAACGGUGCGGACCCUCGCAACGCCACCACGGAGUCGGAUCUCACGGAGAAGCGCAUCACGCCCAUGGGAGGCUUCCCGCACUACGGCACGGUGAACAACGACUUCUUGCUCAUCAAGGGCUGCAUCGUCGGCUGCAAGAAGCGCCCGAUUACGUUCAGAAAGACCCUCGUCACGCGCACGUCUCGCAAGGCCCUGGAACCGGUCAACCUCAAGUUCAUCGAUACCUCCGCCAAGUGGGGGCACGGUCGCUUCCAGACUUCGGAGGAGAAGGCCAAGUUCUACGGACCGCUCAAGAGCCGUGCGCCUGUCAUUCUUGCUUUGUUGGAAGCCGCUCGCAUGUGA